AUGACCAACCAAACACCCGAUGAGGCUGCCCCUACGCAAGUUCUCGCCACUAUGGACUCGGCCCGUCGUCCAUUCUUUGCAAUUUCUCACCGUGUCCUUAAAGACUACGGUAUACGAUCUGCCAUUUCACACGGAGCAAACGCAAUCGAGAUCGACAUGACCGCUUGGUCCAGUGGCUGGUGGGCGGACCAUGAUGGGCUGCCCACCAGCGCAGGUGACACUGCAGAGAAGAUGUUCCAGACUGUUGCAGAAGAGCGCCAGGCUGGCAAGAACAUCAUAUUUGUCUGGCUGGACCUGAAGAAUCCUGACUAUGAAUCGGAUGCCAACAAAAGGACAAGUGUCGAGGGACUCAGGAGGCUCGCACGCGAGAUUCUGCAACCUGUUGGAGUCAAGGUUCUCUAUGGAUUCUACAAGUCUACCAUUGGUAAAAAGGCGUACUAUUCGAUACGCGGAGACUUGAACCCCAAUGAGGCUCUCAACGUGGAAGGCGAUGUCGCCAUGGUUGAAAAGGAGCUCCAAAAUCUGCUCCAAGGACAGCGUGUGUAUUCAAACGGUUUCUUUGACCUUGCUAUGAAGUUUGAGAGUCCACUGUCCAAUCUGAAGGCGGCCUCCGAGAGCGGACAUUUUGGAAAGGUCUUUGGAUGGACACUUGCGAAUCACAACGACAAGUCAAAGGUAACCCGACUUCUGAACGACGCCCAUGUUGAUGGCCUUAUCUAUGGCUUCAAACACACGCACUACUACGAUGAUACGGAUACAAAGACUGCAUUGAAUGAUAUUAUCCGCACUAUACAGACGGGUGACCGUUACCGUUUGGCGAAUAUCAAUGAUAACCCUUGGAGUGCAUAG